CAAGCUGGAAGAGAAAAAUCAAAGUUUCCUGUAGAAAUUUGUAGUUGAAAGAGUACAUAGCUCAGAAUUAAGUUGUCUGCUUAAAGUUGGCAUCUAGGGGGCCAAAACCUCUUGUAAUAAAAAGAAUCAUCUCUGAAAACAAAGUGAACGUUUCAUUUUUCUAGCCUAGUCAAAUAGACCUGGUCAUCUUGUGAUCCUUCCUUGUUAGGCAAAGAAUAAACCCUGUGAUUGCUGUGAUUAACUUAGUUUUCUACACUUGUAUCAGUUAAAUGGGCUUAUUUCUCCUGCGUCAGCAAGUAGAUAAUCCAGGCCACACUUGGAAUCUGAGCAGUCUGGAAAUACACCUUUCCUGAUUUUUUUUUUUUUUUUUAAGAUUUUCUUUUAUUUGGGGAACUGCCAAGAAUCUGAGCGGCUUGCUAUCAGAUGUAGUACACUUGGUUUGGCUGUUUUGUUUUCUUUUAAAGACACAUGAGCUGCCUCAUGUUUUGACCUCUUUUUCUGAAGCAGGAUGGGUGGAGCUCACCUGUCUCACUUGUUUAAUUGUUUUGCGAAUCUUUAGCUUCUUGCUCUUUUGACGCAGAGUGGGGAUGAGGGACACUACAUGUAAUUACAGAGUGGGUAGCAUUUGUGUUUCUUAGGUGACAGUUGCUAGGGAGAAUUGACUUAAAUAUUUGAAAACUGUACUUCAUUCUUUGAGUGAAAACUUUUACCUUCUGUUGGUAUUCGGGAACAUUGUGUUAUUUAUUGUCUUUGCACACUUUAAUCCUAGGGGACCUUUUUCUGUUAACAUUUCUCAAUAUCACACAGGGCUCAUAUUUAUUUUUUUAAGAUUUUUAUUUUUUAUUUAUUUGAAAGGCAGAGUGAGAGAGAGAGAGAGAGAGAGAGGUCUUUCAUCUACUGAUUCACUCCCCAGAUGGCCACAAUGGCUGGAACUGCACUGAUCCAAAGCCAGGAGCCAGGAGCUUCCUCUGGGUCUCCCAUGAGGGUGGGACUUGGGCCAUCUUCCACUGCUUUCCCAGGUCACAGCAGAGAGCUGGAUCAGAAGUGGAGCAGCCAGGACUCAAACCGGCACCCAUAUAGGAUGCUGGCACUGCAGACAGUGGCCUUACCCACUAUGCCACAGCACCAGCCCUAGAGGGCUUAAAUCUCUUCCUAUCUGUUAUACACUCAAACAACCAUUGUUCUCGUCAAUGCACCAGUAACCAAAGAGAAUCUGCCCUUGCCCUUGUCCUGACAAACAGUUCACAAGAGAAUAUGAUAUCAGUUCAAUAACUGAAUACAUCUCUUUUAUUUUUUUUAAAAGAUUUAUUUGAAAGUCAGAGUUAUACAGAGAGUGAAGGAGAGGCAGAGAGAGAGAAAGAGAGAGAGACAGAGAAGUCUUCCAUCUGCUGGUUCACUCCCCCAAUUGGCCGCAACAACUUGAGUUGUGCCCAUCCAGAGCCAGGAGCUUCAUCUGUGUCUCCCACAUGGGUUGUCUUUCCCAGACCAUAGGAGAGAGCCGGAUCUGAAGUGGAGAGGUUGGGACUUGAACUGGCACUAGAGGUGGCGGCUUUACCUGCUGCUCCACUGCGUCGGCCCCGAUACAUCUCCUUUUUUAAAAAGGAUUUUAUUGUUACUAUAUUCUCCAUAUUGAACUCUUUUUUAUAUGUUUACUUUAAUUUUCACCUACUUUAAAGGCAGAGUAAUAGAGAGGAGAAAAGAGAAAGAUCUUAAACAUCCACAGUGGUCAGGGCUGGGCCGAGCUAAAGCCAGGAGCCAGGAACUCCAUCCAUGUUUCCUGUGUGGGUGGCAGGGGUCCAAACACUUGAGUCAUCAACUGCUGCCUCCCAGAAUGCAUUAGCGGGAAGCUGGAUCAGAUGCAGAGUAGCCAGGACUCAAUCCCAGGCACUCCAGCAUGCAGGUGUCCCAAAUGCUGGCUUAGCCCACUGUGCCACAAUGUCCAGCCCUUAAUACUUUUCUGGACUGACUGACUGGAUUUCAGUAGUCCUCUUGGCUUAAGUUUGCCUGUUGGUGUCUUUUAUUUGGCUAUGCUUGAAUAUGUUUUUUUUCUUAUUGAUACUACAACAUCAUGUGUUUUUAAAGAUUUAUUUAUUUAUUUGAAAGGCUUAGAGAAAUCUUUCAUCUGCUGGUUCACUUCCCCAAAUGACCAUAACAGCCAGAUCUGGGCUAGGCGGAGACCUAGAGCCUGGAACUCCAUCCUGGUUUCCAACAUGGGUGGCAGAGCCACAAGCACUUGGACCAUCUUCCACUCAUUCCCAGGCUCAUUAGGACUCCAGCUGGCACUCUGAGAUGGGAACCUGCUGAGCCACAAUACCGGCCCCCAACAGCAUUAUUUUCAUAUUCCACUUUUAGAAACGAUUUACAGAUAUUGCUAUGCUCUCUUUUAUUACAAAUGAUGAAAAAGUGCCUGCGAAGAGGCUCAUCUUCCUAAAUGGUAAUGAUAAAUAUAGCACUCUAUAAAGUAAGAGAUCAACAGAGAUUAUGAAAUCUUAAUUCAUUUCUCAAAGAAUAUCUUUUAUGUUCCAGGCUGAUGUCCAAGUGCUGGAGCUUUAGCAUUGGACACAUACCUUCCCUCUUGGUACUUACUAUCUAAUUUCUUUUUAAUGAGCUUAGCUUAAAUUGUAACGUGAGUAAAAGAACUACAAUUAUAGUACUUUGCAAGACACUUUGGAAAUUGAUAAUUUGAAGUUUGAAACUAUCAAAACUAAUAUUAACAGAAUCAUCCUUGGGAAUAAUUCAGCUACUAUUCUUCAUUUACUGAUACACAAAUUCUUGAGAGUCAAUUGUAUUAUACCAAGUAUAAUAAAUGAUUCAGGAGAAUUUAAAUAUGCUCCAAGUACUUAAUAGCUUUUCCCUUCCUGUUAAAAGGGAAUUUGGGUACUAUUACAUCCUGUGCCAUAUUCUACAGUCAAGGAAGUGCCCCUCUCCUGUUUAAGGCUGGCCUCUAUCUGAGCUCUGGUACUCAUCCCUCUUCUACUUAAGACUGUACCUGCGGUUAUCCGCUCUCUCAUACCUGCUGGGUCAGCAGAUUCCCACACUGGAUUGGCCUUUCAUAUAAAACUGUCUAUCUUCAUAUGACCUUUUUUUUUUUAAAUAAAGAUGUUUUGUGUUUUUUAAAGAUUUAUUUAUUUGAAAGGCAGAGUUAUAGAGAAAGUGAGAAAAGGAGAAACACGUCUUCUAUCUACUGAUUCAUUCCCCAAAUGGCCACAACAGCCAGGAGGUGGGCCAAGCCAACGCCAGGAGCCAGGAACUUCGUCUGGGUCUCCCGCAUGGGUGGCAUGCACUUGGGUCAUCUUCCACUGCUUUCCUAGGCACACCAGAAGGGAGCUGGAUUGGAAGUGGAGUAGCCAGAACUUGAACUGCUGCCCAUAUGGGAUGCUGAAAUUGAAGGUGGCAGUUUUACCCAGUAUGCCACAAUGCUGGCUUCAUAAAGUUUUUUUUUUUAAUAUUUUUUUCAAGAUUACUUUUUUAUUUAUUUGAAAGGCAGAGUUACGGAGAAAGAGGGAUCUUCAAUCCAGUGGUUCACUCCUCAAAUGUCCGCAAACAGCCAGGGCUGUGCCAGGCCAAAGCCAGGAGACUAGAGCUUCUUCCAAGUCUCCGACAUGGGUGGCAGGGACCUGAGCACUUGGACCAUCCUCCACUGCUUUCCCAGGUGCAUUAGUAGGGACCUGGAUCUGAAGUGGAGCAGCUGGGUCUCGAACUGGUACCCAUGUGGGAUACCAGCAUUACAGCCGGCAGUGUAACCUGCUUUGCCACCAGUACUAGCCCCAUGAACUUCCUUUUAUAAAACCCUUGACCCCAUGUCCUCCUCCAGCUAACUGAUAUGUUGCUCUCUUUCACAACAAAACCCCUUGAAGGUGCUGUAUGUAAUUGCUGCCUCUACUUUCUAACUUCUCCUCUCCUCAACCACUCCAAUUGGGCUUUUAUCCUGAGAACCCCACUGAAAUAGCUCUCAUCAAGGUCUUCAAGGAGCUCUGUCUUGCCAGGGUGAAUACAUAAUUCUCAAUCUUCAUCCUCUUAAACUGUUUGACAGCAUUUCAACUAGAUGACCACUCCCUUCCUAGGCACUCUUUCCUUGGAUUCUCUAACACUGCUCACCUGUUUUUCUUAAAUCAUUGGUUAUUAAUUUUCAGUAUUCCAUAUGACCUCCCUCUGCAUAACUCCCCUAAAUGUAAGGGCCACUCAGGAUGGCUGCCUUCUCUGUCCAUGUACUCUUCCGAGGUGAUCUCAUCUAGGUCACGUCUGUAUGCUGGGGACUACAUUUUUGACUGUUACAAAACCCUUCUUGGGGUUCUAGAUUUCUGUAACUAACUGCCUACCUGACGUUUCCAUUUGGAUAGUCCUGAAAGUGGCUAACAUUUGUUGGAUGUUAUUGAGGGCUAGGCUGUUUUGAGCACUUCAUAUAUAUAUUUUCUCACCUAAUCUUCAUGACCACCUUUUGAGGUAUCACUACGAUUCCUAUUCUAUAGGCAAGGAAAUAGAUAUGCAUUGAAGCAGUUGGCUAACCAAUAAAUACCCCACAUUUAACCAUGUCCAAAAAGUCUAGAUUUUCCCCCUCAAUCCUUUUCUAUUCCUGGUUUAUUUCAGAAUGAUUCUACUAUGUUUCCAGUUGUUCAGGGAUACAAUUUAAGAGUUACCCUUCAUUUUUUUUUCCCCACAUCCCAAAUCAUAUCCAUCAGCAAAUUAUGUCUGUGUCUGAUCCAAAAUAUGCCCUAAAUCCAACUUCCUCUCAAUAACUGCUCCAUCAAAACCCCUCAGUAAUCCAUUAUAAUCUCGUGGCUGGACUACUCUCAUCCCUUUCGCUGUGCUCUUACCUCACUAAAGUUUCUUCUUCACACGGCAACUCUGAAUUCUUCACUUUAUGCCAUCAGUGUCUGCCCCUCCUGCUGGAGCACGUCCAGACCCCUUAUUGUGGCCCACAAAGCCAGCGUGGCCCCUGGUCAUACCUGCUUUUUUAGCAUCACCUCUUCCCAUUUUCGUUCAUUCUGCUGCAGAGCUAAGCUGGCCUUGUUCUGUCGCACACACUGUGCUUGUGGUAUCUCUAGGCCUGUGCACUCAUUGUCAGGCUAGGACACUAGUCCACCAUGGUCUUUAUAUAUAUAUAUGGCUUUUUCUCAGUUAAGUCUAGCCAUGUUUAUCAAGUUUUUUUCUACAAGGGGCCAGAUGGUCUCUGUUGCAGCUGCUUGACUCUGGAGUGCAAAGCAAGCAGGGAUAAUAGGCAAACUAAUGAGUGCGGCUGUGUUCCAAUAAAACUUUAUUCUGGAUGCUGAGUUUUGAAUUCCAUAUACUUUUAAAAAUAUUAUUUAUUUAUUUGAAAGUGAAAUAGAAUGCUCCCAUCCUCUGGCCCACUCCCCAAGUACAUACAGUACUCCACAGCUGGAUCCAAAGCCAGAGUUGUGAAGUCAAUCCAGGUCUCCCUGUGUGGCAGAAACCCAGUUACUCAAGGCAUCACUGCUGCCUCGCAGUGUCUACGUCAGCAGGAAGCUGGAGUCGGGAAGGGAGCCAAGCAUCAAAUCCAGGAUGAGCAGUUCUUAGGUUUUGGCUCAGAUGAAGAAGUCAGAGUGCGAAGCCCCACAAGGUCUCCUUCAGUUAAAACUAGUCCUCGAAAACCUCGCGGGAGACCUAGAAGUGGCUCUGACCGAAAUUCAGCUAUCCUCUCAGACUCAUCUGUGUUUUCCCCUCUCAAUAAACCAGAGACCAAAUCUGGAGAUAAGAUCAAGAAGAAAGAUUCCAAAAGCAUAGAAAAGAAGCGAGGAAGACCUCCCACUUUCACUGGAGUAAAAAUCAAAAUAACACACGGAAAGGACAUUGCAGAGUUACCAAAGGAAAGCAAAGAAGAGAGCCUGAAAACAAUCAAACGGACGCCUUCUGCCACAUUUCAGCAAGCCACAAAGAUAAAAAAAUUAAGAGCAGGUAAACUCUCUCCUCUCAAGUCUAAGUUUAAGACAGGGAAGCUUCAAAUAGGAAGGAAGGGGGUCCAAAUUGUCCGGCGGCGAGGAAGGCCCCCGUCAACAGAAAGGAUAAAGACCCCUUCGGGUCUCCUCAUUAAUUCUGAACUGGAAAAGCCCCAGAAGGUCCGCAAAGACAAAGAAGGAACACCUCCGCUCGCCAGAGAGGACAAGGCGGUGGUCAGGCAGAGCCCUCGAAGGAUUAAGCCAGUCAGGAUUAUUCCUUCUUCCAAAAGGACAGAUGCAACAAUUGCUAAGCAACUCCUGCAGAGGGCAAAAAAAGGGGCUCAAAAGAAAAUUGAAAAAGAAGCAGCUCAGCUGCAAGGAAGAAAGGUGAAGACGCAGGUCAAGAACAUUCGGCAGUUCAUCAUGCCAGUCGUCAGCGCCAUCUCCUCACGCAUCAUCAAAACGCCUCGGCGGUUCAUCGAGGAUGAGGAUUACGACCCUCCAAUUAAAAUCGCCCGACUGGAGUCUACACCCAACAGCAGGUUCAGCGCCACGUCCUGUGGAUCUUCUGAGAAAUCCAGCGCAGCUUCUCAGCACUCCUCUCAGGUGUCUUCAGACUCCUCCCGAUCCAGCAGCCCCAGCGUCGAUACCUCCACGGAUUCUCAGGCCUCUGAGGAGAUCCAGGGUCUUCCCGAAGAGCGGAGUGAGACCCCCGAAGUCCAUACUCCACUGCCCAUUUCCCAGUCCCCAGAAACCGAGAGCAACGACAGGAGGAGCCGAAGGUAUUCGGUCUCGGAGAGGAGCUUCGGAUCUAGAGCCACUAAAAAGCUGUCAACUCUACAAAGUGCCCCCCAGCAGCAGACCUCCUCCUCGCCCCCUCCCCCGCUGCUUACUCCACCCCCGCCACUGCAGCCGGCCCCCAGCAUCUCUGACCACACACCGUGGCUCAUGCCUCCAACAAUCCCCUUAGCCUCACCGUUUUUGCCUGCUUCUGCUGCGCCCAUGCAAGGGAAGCGAAAAUCUAUUUUGCGAGAACCAACAUUUAGGUGGACUUCUUUGAAGCAUUCUAGGUCAGAGCCGCAGUACUUUUCCUCAGCAAAGUAUGCCAAAGAAGGGCUUAUCCGCAAACCAAUAUUUGAUAACUUCCGACCCCCUCCACUCACUCCCGAGGAUGUCGGCUUCGCGUCUGGUUUUUCUGCAUCUGGUACUGCUGCCUCAGCCCGACUGUUUUCGCCACUCCAUUCCGGAACAAGGUUUGAUAUGCACAAAAGGAGCCCUCUUCUGAGAGCUCCAAGAUUUACUCCAAGCGAGGCUCACUCUAGAAUAUUUGAGUCUGUAACCUUGCCUAGUAAUCGAACUUCUGCUGGAACAUCUUCUUCAGGAGUAUCUAAUAGAAAAAGGAAAAGAAAAGUGUUUAGUCCUAUUCGAUCUGAACCAAGAUCUCCUUCUCACUCCAUGAGGACAAGAAGUGGAAGGCUUAGCACUUCUGAGCUGUCACCUCUCACUCCCCCAUCUUCUGUCUCUUCCUCGUUGAGCAUUUCUGUUAGUCCUCUUGCCACUAGUGCCUUAAACCCGACUUUUACUUUUCCUUCUCAUUCCCUGACUCAGUCUGGGGAAUCUGCAGAGAAAAACCAGAGACCAAGGAAGCAGACUAGUGCUCCAGCAGAGCCAUUCUCGUCAAGUAGUCCCACUCCUCUCUUCCCUUGGUUCACCCCAGGCUCUCAGACUGAAAGAGGGAGGAAUAAAGACAAGGCCCCCGAGGAGCUGUCCAAAGAUCGAGACGCUGACAAGAGCGUGGAGAAGGACAAGAGUAGAGAGAGAGACCGGGAGAGAGAAAAAGAGAAUAAGCGGGAGUCAAGGAAAGAGAAGAGGAAGAAGGGGUCCGAGAUUCAGAGUAGCUCUGCUUUGUAUGCAGUGGGCAGGGUUUCCAAAGAGAAGGCUGCUGGUGAAGAUGUUGGCACCUCCUCUUCUGCCAAAAAGGCCACAGGGCGGAAGAAGUCUUCAUCACUCGAUUCUGGGACUGAUAUUGCUGCUGUGACUCUUGGGGAUACAACAGCUGUCAAAACCAAAAUACUUAUAAAGAAAGGGAGAGGAAAUCUGGAAAAAAACAACUUGGACCUCGGCCCAACUGCCCCAUCCCUGGAGAAGGAGAAAACCCUCUGCCUUUCCACUCCUUCCUCUAGCACUGUUAAACAUUCCACUUCCUCCAUAGGCUCCAUGUUGGCUCAGGCAGACAAGCUUCCAAUGACUGACAAGAGGGUUGCCAGCCUGCUAAAAAAGGCCAAAGCCCAGCUCUGCAAGAUCGAGAAGAGUAAGAGUCUUAAGCAAACUGACCAGCCCAAAGCACAGGGUCAAGAGAGUGAUUCAUCAGAGACCUCUGUACGAGGUCCCCGUAUUAAACACGUAUGCAGAAGAGCUGCUGUUGCCCUUGGCCGAAAACGAGCUGUGUUUCCUGACGACAUGCCCACCCUGAGUGCCUUACCUUGGGAAGAACGGGAGAAGAUUUUGUCUUCCAUGGGGAAUGAUGACAAGUCAUCGAUUGCUGGCUCAGAAGAUGCUGAACCUCUUGCUCCCCCCAUCAAACCGAUUAAGCCUGUCACCAGAAACAAGGCACCUCAGGAACCUCCGGUAAAGAAAGGACGGCGAUCGAGGCGGUGUGGGCAGUGUCCUGGCUGCCAGGUGCCUGAGGACUGUGGUGUUUGCACUAAUUGCUUAGACAAGCCCAAGUUUGGUGGCCGUAACAUAAAGAAGCAGUGCUGCAAGAUGAGGAAAUGUCAGAAUCUACAAUGGAUGCCUUCCAAAGCCUACCUUCAAAAGCAAGCUAAAGCUGUGAAAAAGAAAGAGAAAAAGUCCAAGACCAGUGAAAAGAAAGAGAGCAAAGAGAGCAGUGUUGUGAAGAGCGUGGUGGACUCUAGUCAGAAGCCUACCCCACCAGCAAGAGAGGAUCCUGCCCCAAAGAAAAGCAGCAGUGAGCCCGCUCCACGGAAGCCGGUCGAGGAGAAGAGUGAAGAAGGGAAUGCCUCGGCGCCAGGGCCCGAAUCCAAACAAGGCACCACUCCAGCUUCCAGAAAGUCCAGCAAACAGGUCUCCCAGCCAGCACCCGUCAUCCCUCCUCAGCCACCCAGCACAGGACCACCGAGAAAAGAAGUUCCCAAGACCACUCCAAGCGAGCCCAAGAAGAAGCAGCCUCCACCACCAGAAUCAGGUCCAGAGCAAAGCAAGCAGAAAAAAGUGGCUCCCCGCCCUAGUAUCCCUGUGAAACAGAAACCAAAAGAAAAGGAAAAACCGCCUCCCAUCAGUAAGCAGGAGAAUGCCAGCACUUUGAACAUCCUCAACACUCUGUCCAAUGGCACUAGUUCUAAGCAGAAAGUCCCAGCAGAUGGAGUCCACAGGAUCAGGGUGGAUUUUAAGGAGGAUUGUGAAGCAGACAACGUGUGGGAGAUGGGAGGCUUGGGAAUCCUGACCUCUGUUCCUAUAACACCCAGGGUGGUUUGCUUUCUCUGUGCCAGUAGUGGGCAUGUAGAGUUUGUGUAUUGCCAAGUCUGUUGUGAGCCCUUCCACAAGUUCUGUUUAGAGGAGAACGAGCGCCCUCUGGAGGACCAGCUGGAAAAUUGGUGUUGUCGCCGCUGCAAGUUCUGUCACGUCUGUGGGAGGCAGCAUCAGGCUACCAAGCAGCUGCUGGAGUGUAAUAAGUGCCGAAACAGCUAUCACCCUGAGUGCCUGGGACCAAACUACCCCACCAAACCCACCAAGAAAAAGAAAGUUUGGAUCUGUACCAAAUGUGUGCGCUGCAAGAGCUGUGGAUCCACAACUCCAGGCAAAGGGUGGGACGCACAGUGGUCUCAUGAUUUCUCACUGUGCCACGACUGUGCCAAACUCUUCGCUAAAGGAAACUUCUGCCCGCUCUGUGACAAGUGCUACGAUGACGAUGACUAUGAGAGUAAGAUGAUGCAAUGUGGCAAGUGUGAUCGCUGGGUCCAUUCCAAAUGUGAGAAUCUUUCAGGUACAGAAGAUGAGAUGUAUGAGAUUCUAUCCAACCUGCCAGAAAGCGUGGCCUACACUUGCGUGAACUGUACCGAGCGGCACCCUGCAGAGUGGCGGCUGGCCCUGGAGAAGGAGCUGCAGCUCUCUUUGAAGCAGGUUCUGACGGCCUUGUUGAACUCUCGGACCACCAGUCACUUGCUGCGCUAUCGGCAGGCUGCCAAGCCUCCGGACUUAAAUCCUGAGACGGAGGAGAGUAUUCCUUCCCGCAGCUCCCCUGAAGGACCUGACCCACCAGUUCUCACGGAGGUCAGCAAGCAGGAUGAGCAGCAGCCUUUAGAUCUGGAAGGGGUCAAGAGGAAAAUGGACCAGGGCAACUACAUGUCUGUGUUGGAGUUCAGUGAUGAUAUUGUGAAGAUCAUUCAAGCAGCCAUUAAUUCAGAUGGAGGGCAGCCAGAGAUUAAAAAAGCCAACAGCAUGGUCAAGUCCUUCUUUAUUCGGCAAAUGGAACGUGUUUUCCCUUGGUUCAGUGUCAAAAAGUCCAGGUUUUGGGAGCCAAAUAAAGUAUCAAGCAACAGUGGGAUGUUACCAAACGCAGUGCUUCCACCUUCACUUGACCAUAAUUAUGCUCAGUGGCAGGAGCGAGAGGAGAACAGCCACACUGAGCAGCCUCCUUUAAUGAAGAAAAUCAUUCCAGCUCCUAAACCCAAAGGGCCUGGAGAGCCAGACUCACCGACGCCGCUACAUCCUCCGACACCUCCGACUCUGAGUGCCGAUAGGAGUCGAGAAGAUAGUCCAGAGCUGAACCCACCCCCAGGCAUAGAAGAUAAUAGACAGUGUGCGUUAUGUUUGAUGUAUGGUGAUGACAGUGCUAAUGAUGCUGGCCGUUUGCUAUACAUUGGCCAAAAUGAGUGGACACACGUCAAUUGUGCUCUGUGGUCGGCGGAAGUGUUUGAAGAUGAUGAUGGAUCCUUAAAGAAUGUGCACAUGGCUGUGAUCAGGGGCAAGCAGCUGAGAUGUGAAUUCUGCCAGAAGCCAGGAGCCACCGUGGGUUGCUGUCUCACAUCUUGCACCAGCAACUAUCAUUUCAUGUGCUCCCGAGCCAAGAACUGUGUCUUUCUGGAUGAUAAAAAAGUGUAUUGCCAACGACAUCGGGAUCUGAUCAAAGGCGAGGUGGUUCCUGAGAAUGGAUUUGAAGUUUUUAGAAGAGUGUUUGUGGACUUUGAAGGAAUCAGCUUGAGAAGGAAGUUUCUCAAUGGCUUGGAACCAGAAAAUAUCCACAUGAUGAUUGGCUCUAUGACGAUUGACUGCUUGGGACUUCUGAAUGAUCUCUCUGACUGUGAAGAUAAGCUCUUUCCUAUUGGAUAUCAGUGUUCCAGGGUGUACUGGAGCACCACGGAUGCCCGCAAGCGCUGUGUGUACACGUGCAAGAUAGUGGAGUGCCGCCCCCCGCUCGUGGAACCAGACAUCAACAGCACCGUUGAGCACGAUGAAAACAGGACCAUAGCCCACAGCCCCGCGUCGUCUACAGAAAGUUCAUCUAAAGAGAGUCAAAACACAGUGGAAAAUAUAAGUCCUCCGUCACCAGACCGACCUGCACACUCGCAAGCCUCUGGCUCCUGUUACUAUCAUGUAAUCUCCAAAGUCCCCAGGAUUCGAGCACCCAGUUACUCUCCAACACAGAGAUCCCCCGGCUGCCGGCCGUUGCCUUCUGCAGGAAGUCCUACCCCAACAACUCAUGAAAUCGUCACGGUGGGUGAUCCUUUACUCUCCUCUGGACUUCGAAGCAUUGGCUCCAGGCGUCACAGUACUUCCUCCUUGUCACCCCAGCGAUCCAAACUCCGCAUCAUGUCUCCCAUGCGAGCCGGGAACACUUACUCCAGGAAUAGUGCUUCCUCGGUCUCCAGCACGGGGACCGCUGCAGACCUCGGGUCCAGUGCCAAGGCAGCUGACCAUGUCUUAGGGUCACUGAACUCAAGCACUAAUUUGGGGCCAAACACGCCCUCUUCAAAUUUGCAAAGGACAGUAGUUACUGUGGGUACUAAAACCAGUCCCUUGGAUGGAGCUUCACCGUUAGAAGUGAAGCAUCCCAGUGCUUCAGACGUGACGUCCAAGAGCUCCUCUUUAAAAGGAGAGAAGACCAAAGUGCUGAGUUCCAAGAAUUCAGAGGGAUGUGCACACAACAUGGCUUACCCAGGGAUUCCUAAACUGGCCCCGCAGGUUCAUAACACCAUAUCUGGAGAACUGAAUGUUAACAAAGUCAGCACUUUUGCCGAACCCUCUUCAGUGCCAUUUUCUUCUAAAGAGGCCCUCUCCUUCUCACAGCUACAUUCAAGAGGGCAAAGGAAUGAUAGAGACCAACACACAGAUUCUACUCAGUCAGCAAACCCCUCCCCAGAUGACAGUAAUGAUGUCAAAACCUUGAAGCUUUCUGGAAUGGGCAACAGAUCAUCUGUUUCCAGUGAACAUGUGGGGUCCAGUUCCAGAGACAGGAGACAGAAAGGGAAAAAAUCUUGCAAAGAAACUUUCAAAGAAAAGCACUCCAGUAAGUCGUUUUUGGAACCUGGUCAGGUGACAACUGAUGAGGAAGGAAAUCUAAAGCCAGAGUUUGCUGAUGAGGUUUUGACUCCUGAGUUUAUGGGGCCUCGGCCAUGUAACAAUGUUUCUGCUGAGAAAAUUGGAGAGAAAGUCCUUUCUAUCCCAGGAGUUCCCAAAGCUUCAUCCAUGCAAGUAGAAGGACCUGCCAAAGAGUUACAGGCACCCCGGAAACGCACAGUCAAAGUAACACUGACACCUCUGAAAAUGGAAAGUGAGAAUCAGUCCAAAAACACCUUGAAAGACGGUAGUCCUGCUUCCCCUUUGCAAAGAGAGUCAGCAUCUCCCACAGAGCCACUUGCAGCCUCUGAAAGUCCAGGAGAUGGCCCAGUGGCCCAGCCAAGCCCCAACAAUACCUUAUCUCAGGAUUCUCAGAGUAACAACUAUCAGAAUCUUCCAGUACAGGACAGAAACCUCAUGCUUCCAGACGGUCCCAAGCCUCAGGAGGAUGGCUCCUUCAAGAGGAGGUACCCCCGCCGCAGUGCCCGCGCCCGAUCUAACAUGUUCUUUGGGCUCACUCCACUCUAUGGAGUAAGAUCCUAUGGCGAGGAAGACAUUCCGUUCUACAGCAGCUCGGUGGGGAAGAAACGAGGCAAGAGAUCAGCCGAAGGACAGGUGGACGGGGCCGAUGACCUAAGCACUUCAGAUGAGGACGACUUAUACUAUUACAACUUCACCAGGACGGUGAUUUCAUCAGGUGGAGAGGAGCGGCUGGCGUCCCAUAAUUUAUUCCGAGAGGAGGAGCAGUGCGAUCUUCCAAAGAUUUCACAGUUGGAUGGUGUUGAUGACGGGACGGAGAGUGAUACUAGUGUUACAGCUACGACAAGGAAAAGCAGCCAGAUUCCGAAAAGAAGCGGGAAAGAAAAUGGAACCGAGAACUUAAAGAUUGACCAACCCGAAGAUGCUGGAGAAAAAGAACAUGUCAUCAAGGGUUCCGUUGGCCACAAAAAUGAGCCCAAGAUGGAUAACUGCCACUCAGUCAGUCGAGUUAAAACCCAGGGCCAGGAUUCCUUGGAAGCCCAGCUCAGCUCACUGGAGUCAAGCCGCAGAGUCCACACAAGCACCCCAUCAGACAAAAAUUUACUGGACACCUAUAAUACUGAGCUGCUCAAGUCCGACUCGGACAAUAACAAUAGCGACGACUGCGGCAACAUCCUGCCUUCAGACAUCAUGGACUUUGUGCUGAAGAACACUCCGUCCAUGCAGGCUCUGGGGGAGAGCCCAGAGUCGUCUUCGUCAGAACUCCUGAAUCUUGGCGAAGGGCUGGGCCUCGACAGUAAUCGCGAAAAGGACAUGGGUCUUUUUGAAGUCUUUUCCCAGCAGCUGCCAACGACGGAACCCGUGGACAGUAGUGUCUCCUCCUCCAUCUCGGCGGAGGAGCAGUUUGAGUUGCCUUUGGAGUUACCAUCUGACCUCUCUGUCCUGACCACCCGGAGUCCCACUGUCCCUAGCCAGAAUCCCAGCAGGCUAGCGGUAAUGUCAGACUCAGGGGAGAAGAGAGUGACCAUCACAGAAAAGUCCGUAGCCUCCUCUGAAGGUGAGCCGGCACUGCUGAGCCCAGGGGUGGAGCCUACUCCCGAAGGCCACAUGACUCCUGAUCACUUUAUCCAAGGACACAUGGAUGCAGACCACAUCUCCAGCCCCCCUUGCGGUUCUGUGGAGCAAGGUCAUGGCAACAAUCAGGAUUUAACUAGAAACAGUAGCACCCCUGGCCUACAGGUACCUGUUUCCCCUACUGUUCCCAUCCAGAACCAGAAGUAUGUGCCCAAUUCUACUGAUAGUCCUGGCCCAUCUCAGAUUUCUAACGCAGCUGUCCAGACCACUCCACCCCACCUGAAACCAGCCACUGAGAAACUCAUUGUUGUUAACCAGAACAUGCAACCACUUUAUGUUCUCCAAACUCUUCCAAAUGGAGUGACCCAAAAGAUUCAGUUGACCUCUUCUGUUAGCUCUACACCCAGUGUGAUGGAGACAAAUACUUCAGUACUGGGGCCCAUGGGAAGUGGUCUCACCCUAACCACAGGACUAAAUCCAAGCUUGUCAACUUCUCAAUCUCUGUUCCCUCCUCCUAGCAAAGGAUUGCUCCCCAUGCCUCAUCACCAGCACUUACAUUCCUUCCCUGCAGCUACCCAAAGUAGCUUCCCACCCAGCAUCAGCAGUUCUCCUUCAGGCCUCCUCAUUGGGGUUCAGCCUCCUCCAGAUCCCCAACUUUUGGUUUCAGAAGCCAGCCAGAGGACAGACCUCAGUACCACAGUAGCCACUCCAUCCUCUGGACUCAAGAAAAGACCCAUAUCUCGUCUGCAGACCCGAAAGAAUAAAAAACUUGCACCCUCUAGUACCCCUUCAAACAUUGCCCCCUCCGAUGUGGUUUCUAAUAUGACACUGAUUAACUUCACACCCUCCCAGCUUUCAAAUCAUCCCAACCUGGUAGAUUUGGGCUCACUUAAUACUUCAUCUCACCGAACCGUCCCCAACAUCAUAAAAAGGUCUAAAUCUGGCAUCAUGUAUUUUGAACAGGCACCCCUGUUACCACAGAGUGUGGGAGGAACUGCUGCCACGGUGGUGGGCACAUCAACCAUAAGCCAGGAUGCCGGCCACCUCACGUCGGGGCCUGCGUCUGGCUUGGCCUCCAGUUCCUCCGUCUUGAACGUUGUAUCCAUGCAAACCACAACUGCCCCUACCAGUAGCACAUCAGUUCCAGGACAUGUCACCUUAACCAAUCCCAGGUUGCUUGGGACCCCCGAUAUUGGCUCAAUAAGCAAUCUUUUAAUCAAAGCUAGCCAGCAGAACCUGGGAAGUCAGGACCAGCCUGUGACUUUAGCACCGAAUUCAGGAGUAUUUUCCCAGCUGGGGACGUCGCAGACUCCCUCCAGUGCUGCCGUGCCAGCAGCAUCGAGCAUCUGUGUGCUCCCCUCGACGCAGACCGCAGGCGCAACAGCUGCUUCACCCUCUGGGGACGCCGAAGAACACUAUCGGCUUCAGCACGUGAACCAGCUCCUUGCCAGCAAAGCAGGGCUUCUCUCUUCCCAGCGUGACCUUGAUUCUGCUUCAGGGACCCAGGCGUCCAGCUUCACCCAGACAGCGGAUGCUCCCAACAGUGUGGGACUGGAGCAGAACAAGGCUCUGUCCUCAGCUAUGCAAGCCAGCUCAGCCAGCUCAGCCUCUCCCGGAGGCUCUCCACCCUUUGGACAGCAGUCAGCAAGCCCCUCAGGGCCAGCUCCCACUAAACCCAAACCAAAAAUCAAACGGAUUCAGCUGCCUCUGGACAAAGGGACUGGCAAGAAGCACAAAGUUUCCCAUUUGCGGACCAGUUCUUCUGAAGCACACAUUCCAGACCAAGAAGCCAACACAGCACCCCUGGCCUCUGUCACAGGGACUCCAGGAGCCGAGGCCGAGCAGCAGGGCACAGCCAGUGUGGAGGAGCCAUCACAAAAGGAGUGUGGGCAGCCCACAGGGCAAGUGGCUGCUCUUCCAGAGGCUCAGGCCGCACAAAAUCCAGCAGCAAACGAGCAAGAAAAUACAGAGCCUAAGACAGCGGAAGACGAGGAAAGCAAUUUCAGCUCUCCACUGAUGCUGUGGCUGCAGCAGGAACAAAAGCGGAAGGAAAGCAUUGCUGAGAAAAAGCCCAAGAAAGGCCUCGUUUUUGAAAUUUCCAGUGAUGAUGGCUUUCAGAUCUGUGCAGAGAGUAUAGAAGAUGCCUGGAAGUCACUGACAGAUAAAGUCCAGGAAGCGCGAUCCAAUGCCCGCCUCAAGCAGCUCUCGUUUGCAGGUGUCAAUGGUUUGAGGAUGCUGGGGAUUCUCCACGAUGCAGUUGUGUUCCUGAUUGAGCAGCUCUCUGGUGCCAAGCACUGUCGGAAUUACAAAUUCCGUUUCCACAAACCAGAGGAGGCCAAUGAACCUCCCUUGAACCCUCAUGGCUCAGCCAGGGCUGAAGUCCACCUGAGGAAGUCAGCAUUUGACAUGUUUAACUUCCUGGCUUCCAAACAUCGGCAGCCUCCUGAAUACAACCCCAAUGAUGAGGAAGAGGAGGAAGUGCAGCUGAAGUCAGCCCGGAGGGCAACUAGCAUGGAUCUGCCAAUGCCCAUGCGUUUCCGGCACUUAAAAAAGACUUCUAAGGAAGCGGUUGGUGUCUACAGGUCUCCCAUUCACGGCCGCGGGCUUUUCUGUAAGAGAAACAUUGAUGCAGGAGAGAUGGUGAUUGAGUAUGCCGGCAACGUCAUCCGCUCCAUCCAGACCGACAAGCGAGAGAAGUAUUACGACAGCAAGGGCAUCGGCUGCUACAUGUUCCGCAUCGACGACUCGGAGGUGGUGGACGCCACCAUGCACGGAAACGCUCCCCGCUUCAUCAGCCACUCGUGCGAGCCCAACUGCUACUCUCGGGUCAUCAACAUCGACGGGCAGAAGCACAUUGUCAUCUUCGCCAUGCGCAAGAUCUACCGAGGGGAGGAGCUCACCUACGACUACAAGUUCCCCAUUGAGGACGCCAGCAACAAGCUGCCCUGCAACUGUGGCGCCAAGAAAUGCCGCAAGUUCCUCAACUGAGGCUGCUCCGGCCCCCGGCGCCAGAGCGCCAGGACCUACAGCCAGCCACGGCAGCGAGGAGCUCCAGGAUGGACUGAGUGGGCACCACCGAGGGGCCUGAGCGCCCUGCCGCCCCAUAGUCGCGCUGUACGAGAGCUGGCAGUCCUGGAGAGAGAGGAGGUGUCGAAGAAAAGAUCCACGAUCAGCCUUCUCCUGGGGCCCCUCUGGGAGAUGGGGUCCUGAGCAGACUCGCCUGGGAGGAGCCUAGGGAGGGGUAGUUACGUGGGGAGCCUGGGCCCACGCUCUCCCCGGAGAGAAAUGGCUAGCCUCGCCUCAGCCCUUUCCCGCGCUGCAGGGGGCUAGGCUCUGUUGGACGCCUGCUGGGCCGCCAGCCAGGCGCCGCCCUGGGCCGCCUGGGAGCAAGCAGAGAAGCUCUGGCGGUUUUCCCUGCCCUCCUCCACGUGGUUGGGAAGCAGAAUUCCCAGCACCUCUGGUGUCCAAAGGCUGUCUUGGGGUUGUUGCCAAUUCCUUUGCAAACACUGAGCCCUGGGCUGUAAGGGGGAGUGUCACCCCAGCGCCUUGUCUCAGCCAAUCCUCUCCCUGACAGUAGGAGCCGCUGCCCUCUCUCGGUCCUCCCUUCACUCGGCCUCCUUCCUCUGCCCUGUCCUCCAUCCCACUGCUUUCCCAUUCUUCUUUCUGGGCGGUAGGGGGUGGGCUCCCUGCUCAAGGGCACUGCCUGCUGGGCAUAGGAUGUGCCUUCAGAAAGUCCCCUGACCUUGGGAGCACUCCAGGUGGGGAGGUGGACAGGAGCCAGUGGCCAUAACCAGACAGAAUUUGGAGUCAUGUCCGUGAAGCUCCUGUGAGAGUUCUGGGGAAGUAUAUGUAGCAUGAUUUUUUUUAGAAGAAGAAAAAGAUUAUUUAAAUAGGAUUUGAAUCAUGCCACACCCAGAAUAUCACCACCGGGAUGCGCCCUGGGCCCCGUUCCUAGGCCAGGUUCCUUUCUUUGCCCCUUGCCAAGACAUAGGAAGACUCCAUUCAUAAACGGUCAGUGUCCGGUUGAAGGCAGAACACUAAUCCGAUUUCAAGACCCUAAACUUGGGGACUAGACCACCCUGUGUGGAGGGGACUCUGCCGCCUGUGCGCGAUCCAUGGAUAAAGUCAAUUCCAUGACACUACUGCCCUGGUGACUCCCUGGGACGCGGUCAGAACAGCAGCAAACGUUUCUUCUCUCCCUUCCCCCGAGACAGUGUCCUGAACCUGUUAAAUUAAGUCAUUGGAUUUUACUCUGUUCUGUUUACAGUUUACUAUUUAAGGUUUUAUAAAUGUAAAUAUAUUUUGUAUAUUUUUCUAUGAGAAGCACUUCAUAGGGAGAAGCACUUAUGACAAGGCUAUUUUUUAAAACCGCGGUAUUAUCCUAAUUUAAAAGAAGAUCGGUUUUUAAUAAUUUUUUAUUUUCAUAGGAUGAAGUUAGAGAAAAUACUCAGCUGUACACACCAAGUCUGGUUUCCCUGCCCAACCCCUCCCCCUGGAAGGUGUCCUCUCCGUCGUUUCACGUGUAGCUAGUCUGUGCCCGUCCGCUCUUUGACAAUACACGGAGAAGGAAGGCCACCCAGCUGCACUGGGCCACUCCCCUCCUUCCCCGUGGAGGCUCCUCCCAAGGCUGCAGUAUAGGACCCGGCUCCAGCACUUCCUGCUCCUCCUCCCUCUCCUCCUCCUCCUCCUCCCAGAACUGUCUCCCUCCUCUCCUGCUCGGCCCCAGAGCGGCGGGAGGUGAUGCGCACCUUCCUCAGCUCUCCUCCGGCAGAGUCCGCAGCCGCCCCGUGGACGGCACCUGCCAGCCUCCAUCGCCAUCUGCCUCUUUAGGUCGCCUCCUUUCCGUCCCCUCCGCCCACCACGCCCUCCUUCCUGCAAAGCACCCGCUGAUCCCCGCGUGCCCUCUUUGGGGCAGCCCGUUGAAACUGAAGCACAGUCUGACCACUCACGAUAAAGCAGAUCUGCCUCCGCCACAGGGCUCAGAGCAGUGUAGUCCAAGGAGAGGGUGGGGCGCCCUUUCCUCGCCGCGGGAAGUCAUGCCUAGGGAAGUCUAGCAAAGCAAUACGACUCGGCCCAGCACUCUCUGCCCCCAGGACUCGUGGCUCUGCUGUGCCUUCCAUCCUGGGCUCCUUUGCUUCUGUGACCUUAAGAACUUUCGCCUGGUGGCUUUGCUGGAACAUUGUCACUGUGUCCACUGUCAUGCAGGGAGCCCAGCACUGUGGCCAGGAUGGCAGAGGCUUCCUCGUCACCAUGGAGAAGUGCCAGCAGGGGACUGGGGAAAGCACUCGACCCAGACCUCCCCUCCCCGUCCUGUUGCCCGUGAACAAGACGCAGUGGCCCGAGGGGCUCCACUCGUGUCUGCUUUCCUUUAUUAUUGCACUGUGUGAGGUUUUUUUGUAAAUCCUUGUAUUCCUAUUUUUUUUAAAGAAAAAAAAAACUUAAGCUGCGUUUGUUACUGAAACGAUUAAUGCACUGAUGGGUCAUGAAUUCACCUUGAGAAAGACCCAAGGCCAGUCAGGGGUGGGGGGAACUCAGCUAAAUAGACCUAGUGACUGCCCUCCUAGGCCGCGCUGUACUGUGAGCCCCCCCUCGUUCUCUUCCUCCAACCCCGAACCCCGAGGACAGGGGAGGAACCACAUCUGUCCUUCUCCUGCCAGCAGCAGCUGGUUUGCCUUGCCUUUCCACCCCCGACCAUCAACCACAGAAAUGAGAAAUUGCUCUUUCAGCUCAGCCUUGAGUCCAUUGCCAAAAAUUUCAGCACACCUGCCAGCAACUUGGGGGAUGAGCUAAGGCUUCCCCCCGCAGAGGGGAAGAAGGCAAGGAUGGCGUAGCUGUCUCCAGAACGUGUCUGAGUCUGUUUGGAAAGUGACCGAGGAAUCCCCGCACAAAAGUGCAGACGGAGGAAUCGCGGUGGGUCGUUCCCAAGAAUCCCCCAAGGGGCAUCCCAGAUCCCUAAGGAGUAACAGCUGCAAACCUGGUCAGUUCUCAGUGAGAGCCAGCUCACGUUCGCUUUGCUGCUAGAACCUGUUGUGGCUGCAUUUCCUGGUGGCCAGUGACAACUGCGUGACCAGAAGAGCUGCGUGGCGCCGCCGCCCCUUCGGCCGGAACCCGGUCCCUUGGCUCCCUCCGUGGCUGCCCACCACCCCAGCACAGCCCCUCCUGUUUUUAGACCAAUAACAAGAGUUAAGGGGGAAGCCUUGGCAGCUAGAAGUUCUCAACCAAGACUCCUUGGCCGGGACCCAGUCCACCACCCUGCUCACCUCCGUCUCACCCCCGGCCAAUGCAGUGAGCACCAUGCAGCAACCUUGAUUCAAAAACAAACAAACAAACAAAAACAAAAAAAGAAAAAAAAAGAAAAAAUGCAACAACACACGAAAAACAAAAAAAUCUUUUAAUGAAUGUAUCUUUCUAAAGGACUGGCGUUCAAUCAAAUAUCUGAAAAUACUAAAGGUCAAAACCUUGUCAGAUGUUAACUUUUAAGUUUGAUUUGGGAUUUUUCUUUUUAAUCGAGAUCAAGUUGUCCUUGUUUUUGUUUUAAAGGAAAAGCGGGUCAUCGCAAAGGGCUGGGUGUCAUUCUGUGUUUCAUUCCCUUCAUUUUAAAGCAAUACAAGGGUAUUGAGCAGAUGGUUCUGAUACCAGUCAAGUCUCUCACUCUGAAAACUUGCAACCUUUUCUGUUUGUUUUGGUUUUCAAAUAAAUAUAAAUAUGAUAUAUAUAGGAACUAAUAUAGUAAUGUACCAUGUAACAAAGCCUAGUUCAGUCCAUGGCUUCUAAUUCUCUUAACACUAUAGAUAAGGAUUGUGUUCCAGUUGCUAGUAGCGGCAGGAAAAUGUCAGGCUAGCCUUCCUCUGGUCCCCGAGACGGGGGACUCAGACCACAGGGGGAUGGGAAGCGAGGCCGUCCCCGGGACCAGAGAGAGAUGCAGAAAUGGUGUCACCUGGAUUUUUUUCUGCCCUUGAAUGUUGCCAGUCGGUACCUGUAUCCUUGUUUCUGUUUCUGCCAUGAAUGUCGGGGUUUCCACCUGCACUUAGGGGACAGUUGUGUUCUGUGCUUUCCUGGUGUCCUGCUCUGAGGUAACUCUAGUUCUGUCUCUCAACCAAGAAAACAGACUCGUGCUGUUUCUUUCCUUGAACUUUACCAGUCUCUUUAGUAAACACAGGUAGCUGAAUAAUCGUUUCAAGAGCUCAACAGAUGACAAGCUUCUUUUCUAGAAAUAAGACAUUUCUUGACAACUUUAUCAUGUAUAACAGAUCUUUUGUUUUGUUAUUUUUUCCUUGUGUUCUUCCAAGCUUCUGGUUAGAGAAAAAGAGAAAAAAAAAAAAGGGCAAAUGUGUCUAAAGUCCAUCAGUGUUAACUCCCUGUGACAGGGACGAAGGAGAAUACUUUAAUAGUUCAAAAAAUAAUAAUGCUGAAAGCUCUCUACGAAAGACUGAAUGUAAAAGUAAACGUGUACAUACUUGUAAAAAAAAGGAGUUUUUAAACAUGUUUAUUUUCUAUGCACUUUUUUUUAUUUAAGUGAUAGUUUAAUUAAUAAACAUGUCAAGUUUA